AUGGAUUCACGACAUAUAAUAUUUUUUUCAAUAGGUAAUCCAGGUCCAAUAACACGACAUUCAGUGGGUCAUUUAAUGUUAAAACAUAUAUUAUCAUUUAUACCAUAUACUCCAGGAUUAAUUAAAAAAUCAAUUUAUUCAAUAUCUUCAACUGAUUCAAUAACUUAUUUAAAAUCAAAUUCUUAUAUGAAUGAAUCUUUUAAAUCUUGGAAUAAAUUUAAAAUUGAUAAUAAAAGAUUAAUAAAUGCUGGACCUAUUAUAUUUAUUAUUUAUGAUGAUUUUGAAAAAAAUUUAGGUAAUAUAAGAAUUAGUAAAUUUAAAAAAAAUGAAUCACAUAAUGGUUUAAAAGGAUUAAAAAAUGUUUUUAAUAAUGAUAAUAAUAAUAAUAAUAAUAGUAAUAAUGAUAAUAUUGAUGUUUAUUUAUUAGGUAUUGGAAUUGGUCCAAAACCUCAAGGUGCAAAUAAAGAAACUAUGUCAAAUUGGAUAUUAAGUGGAUUCAAAAUGGAAGAAAAGAUGAAAUUGGAAAAUGAAACAGUUGAAUUAUUGGAAUUAUAUAUUAGAGAGAUUAUUGAAUUAGAUGGGAAUAUAGGUGAUGUGAAUAAAUUUAAUUCUAGAUUAACAAAAAUUUGGAAAUCUAAACAGAUAGAUAGUUAA